GCAGAAGCAUCAGGGCACCAGGCGGCACUUCCUUCUUCGACGUGGAACCUUGGGAGGUUUUGUUCCACGCACUGUUGUGUCCGUAUUUUGUAUAAAAAUGGGCUUUGUAAAAGUUGUGAAAAACAAGCAGUAUUUCAAACGUUAUCAAGUAAAAUUCAAAAGGCGACGUGAGGGAAAGACUGAUUAUUAUGCCCGUAAACGAUUAACAAUUCAGGAUAAAAAUAAAUACAAUACACCAAAAUAUAGACUAAUUGUACGUCUAUCAAAUAAAGACAUAACAUGCCAGGUGGCAUAUUCAAGAAUUGAAGGGGACAGAAUAGUAUGUGCAGCUUAUAGCCAUGAACUUCCAAAGUAUGGUAUUAAAGUUGGCCUUACCAAUUAUGCCUCUGCAUAUUGCACUGGUCUUCUCUUGGCUCGCAGACUGUUAAAAAAGUUGGGCUUAGACACAUUAUAUGCUGGUACAACAGAAGUAACUGGUGACGAAUAUAAUGUUGAAGAAUUGAAUGAUGGACCUGGGGCAUUCAGGUGUUAUUUAGACACUGGCCUUAUGCGAACUACCACAGGUGCUAGAGUUUUUGGUGCCAUGAAAGGUGCUGUCGAUGGUGGCCUAAACAUUCCACACAGCACCAAGAGAUUUCCUGGAUACGACAGCGAGUCGAAAUCGUUCAAUGCCGAUGUUCAUCGGCAACACAUUUUUGGGCAACACGUUGCAAAUUAUAUGAAAUUGUUAGAGGAAAGUGAUGAUCAACUAUUCAAACGGCAAUUUUCGCAUUACAUUAAAAAUGGCAUCGCUGCUGACAAUAUCGAAGGUAUCUAUAAACGUGCCCACGAAGAGAUACGUGCAAAUCCGGAACACACGAAGGUAGCGAGGAAAGAAGCCCCUGUAAAGAAACGAUGGAAUCGUGCAAAAUUAUCCCUGUCGGAAAGAAAGAAUCGUGUGGCACAAAAGAAAGCCUCCUUCUUGAAAACAUUGGAAGAAACUGAAGCUUAACUUCAAUGUCGAUCAAUUCCACCACGCAUAUUUAUUUCAUGCGUGAAAACAAAACGCAUACAAUGAAAAUCGAACACAAAUAAAGAAUGUCGGAUGAAAAUUUUUUUAUUUUUAUUACAGUAA